UAUUUCCAUAAAUUUCACAUUCACAAUAACUAGUACCAUUUUUCCUUGCGAAAAUCCUUUGUUGCGCAUAUGCGGUUUCAUGAAUUUUAUAAUCGCAUAUAAAAGCACAAUCCGCUGUUUACUCUAGAAAGAGUCGAGCCGAGCACAAGCGUGAAAAUGUUGAGGUACACCUUCCUAUUUGUAACAAUAAUCGUGCAAUGUCUGUGCCUACCAGCACAGCAAGAGGAGCCUUUGAAAGAAGUCAUCGAUGCUGACAAUAAAUUUACUUCGAAGUUAAUGAAGGAACUUUCUGGUUCAGAAGAAAGCAGCUACGUCUUCAGUGGACUAUCAGCCGACAUUAUAACGUCCUUAUUGGCUUCAGGGGCGAAAGGAAGCACCAAAAGCGAACUGCUUCUGGCUUUGAACUUGGUGAAAAACGACCAACAGAGAAACGACGGUGUGAAACAGCUAACAUCCCACUUGAGCGUCGAUACGGACAAAUUGAAAAUACUUUCCGCCAAUAAAAUAUACCCCGCUGAUGGUUUUACCGUGUCCGAGGAUUUCCGAAAAACCGCCGUAGACGAUUACGAUUCGGAAGUUGAAAACGUCGACUUCAAAAAUGGGGCUCAAGCUGCCGGGAUCAUCAACAAAUGGGUGGAGCAGAAAACCAAUGGUAAAAUCCAAAAUUUGAUCGACCCGAACCAACUUCGCUCGGACACCAAAUUGGUGUUGGCGAAUACCUUGUACUUCAGCGGACAAUGGGUUGAACCUUUCCGCUUUACCGGAAAUGGGUUGUUCCAGUCCAAGGAAGGCCAAUCUAAAGAGAUACCGAUGUUGCAAGACACUUUGCAAGCCAAGUUCAGGCAUUGCGGUUUCUACAAAACGAAAUUCCUCGAAUUGGAUAUAGCCGAUGGAAAAGCCAGCAUGAUGUUCGUCUUGCCGGACGAACGAGACGGUUUGAGUAAAAUGGAAAACGAUUUCGUCGGCGUGUCCGAAUUGCACAGCAUGAAGAGCGGUUACGUGAAUAUAUCGAUACCGAAAUUCCAAAUCGAGACCGCCAUAGACUUUGUUCCGCUAUUCAAAAAGUUGGGUGCAGAACAAGUUUUCAGAAACGACGCUGAUCUUUCCGGUUUAUCUUCCGUUACCGGACUGCAAGUAGAUUCGAUACGUCAGAAGACUAUCAUUGAUGUGACUCAGGAUGGAGUUGAGGCAGCCGCUGCUACAGGUGUGCAAAUAUCCCCAACAUCUGCUGUGCUACCAGUCUUUACCUUCAUCGCUGAUCGGCCGUUCUUGUACUACAUAAGAGAGAAGAAUUCUGAAGCUAUUUUAUUCGCUGGAAGAUAUUCGGGUUAAUUCUAUUGUGUCUUUGUUAUAAUGCAUACUUAAUAGAGUACCGUGGGUUUUAUAUUUUCAUGAUAUAGCAUAUUUAAUAAAAAUUAAAAAAAAACAUUUAUUUUAUUUAUAACACGUAUAUUUGAUAAGGCUAAAUUUUAGAUAUUUUAUUUAAAAAUUUAA